AUGGCGGCGGCCAGUGCAGCCGGCCUGGCGGCGAAUGUGUUCCAGUUCCGCGACGUUCGUGCCGCGCCGGAUCCGGUGCUAGAGGCCGGCCCGGUCGCACAUGGGCCACUGCCAGUACCGCUGGUGCUGGACAAUGGAUCGUUCCAGGCUCGUGCCGGCUGGGCAUGCCCAGGUCCGGACCCCGGCCCCGAGCCGCGCUUGCAGUUCCGCGCAGUGUGCGCCCGCGGGCGUGGCGGGGCUCGGGGCGGGGCAGGCCCGCAGGUGGGCAACGCCUUGGGUAGCUUGGAGCCUCUGCGCUGGAUGCUGCGUUCGCCCUUCGACCGCAACGUACCGGUCAACCUGGAGCUGCAGGAGCUGUUGCUUGACUACAGCUUCCAGCACCUGGGGGUCUCCUCACAGGGCUGUGUUGAUCAUCCCAUAGUUUUGACAGAAGCUGUGUGCAACCCUCUGUAUUCACGACAAAUGAUGUCUGAGCUUCUUUUUGAGUGCUACGGGAUCCCCAAGGUUGCCUAUGGAAUCGACAGCCUUUUCAGCUUCUACCACAAUAAGCCAAAGAACUUGAUUUCCACUGGGCUCAUCGUCUCAUCUGGAUACCAGUGUACACAUAUUUUACCCAUCUUAGAAGGGAGGUUAGAUGCUAAAAACUGCAAGCGCAUCAACCUUGGAGGCAGCCAAGCAGCUGGCUACCUCCAGCGUCUCCUCCAGCUGAAGUACCCUGGGCACCUGGCGGCCAUCACGCCGAGCCGCAUGGAGGAGAUCCUGCACGAGCACAGCUACGUCGCUGAGGAUUAUAUAGCAGAAUUGCAGAAGUGGCAGUGCCCUGACUACUAUGAAGACAAUGUCCACAAAAUGCAGCUCCCAUUUUCCAACAAGCUCCUCGGGAGCACUCUGACCUCUGAGGAGAAGCAGGAGAAGCGGCAGCAGCAACUGCGGCGGCUACAGGAGCUCAACGCCCGUCGGCGGGAGGAGAAGCUGCAGCUUGACCAGGAGCGACUGGACAGGCUGCUGUAUGUGCAGGAGCUUCUGGAGGAUGGCCAGAUGGACCAAUUCCACAAAGCUCUGAUGGAGCUGAACAUGGACUCGCCAGAAGAGCUGCAGUCCUACAUACAAAAGCUCAGCUCAGCAGUGGAGCAAGCGAAGCAGAAAAUCCUUCAAGCAGAAGUCAGCCUCGAGGUGGAUGUGGUAGACAGCAAGCCAGAGACCCCUGACCUGGAGCAGCUGGAGCCAUCUUUGGAAGACGUGGACAGCAUCCAUGAUUUUGAGCCCUUGUUUUCCGAGGAGACGCCUGAGGUGGAGAAGCCGGUCACCACUGUCCAGCCCGUCUUUAACUUGGCAGCAUAUCAUCAGCUGUUUGUUGGGACAGAAAGAAUUCGAGCUCCAGAAAUUAUCUUCCAGCCGUCGCUCAUAGGAGAAGAGCAGGCGGGGGUGGCAGAGACGCUGCAGUACAUUCUGGACAGGUACUCGAAGGAUGUGCAGGAGGCGCUGGUUCAGAAUGUCUUCCUCACUGGCGGGAACAUGAUGUAUCCUGGGAUGAAGGUGAGAAUCGAGAAGGAGCUGCUGGAGAUGAGGCCCUUUCAGUCUUCUUUCCAGGUCCAGCUUGCCUCCAACCCAGUGCUGGACGCUUGGUACGGUGCUCGUGACUGGGCCUUGGACCACCUAGAUGACAAUGAAGUCUGGAUCACCAGGAAAGAAUAUGAAGAAAAGGGCGGCGAGUACUUCAAGGAGCACUGCGCUUCAAACAUCUACGUCCCCAUCCGCCUGCCAAAGCAGGCCUCCCGCUCCUCAGAAGCCCAGGCUUCUGGCAAAGGCGCAGCGGCCAGUGGAGGUGGUGCUGGCGAGCAGGCGUAGCAGAGGGGCCCCGGGGGCGAGGGCCAGUCGGUCGGAUGAUGGAUGGAUGCCAGAGGUGUCCGGCCUGAAUCUGCUGGUGACGUUUGACUGCAGGCUGGAUUUCUCCUGGGGAGAACAGUUAAGGGACACUGGGAGUUACCUUCAGGACGGAGUGCGUGUGGGCUUCUGUGGUGAGGAGUGGCCAUUGUGGGAACCGCGAGCGAGCUGUGCAGCUGCUUCCUGCCGCACUAAUGAACACAGGGUGCAGGACGGCUGGGCUUAUCUCUUACUGCACUUAAAGCCUCCGAUUUUGUUUUGUAAAGUGCUUUAUAUUUUAUAUUGUCAGUGUAGAUAUUUUUCUGAAUUCAAUAAUUGUGUGAAGGCCUUUCAGGCAGAGGUCUUUCACAUACAUAGAAAAAGGUCCUGUUCAUGCAACGAAAGCAGUUGCGCGCAGAAUCUGGUGGUGGAAACCCGCUCCCUCCUCCCGUUACUCCCCUUUCACAUGAGGGAGAACUGAGUAGAGUACUCUGCCAGGGCUCGCCUGGUGCCCUUUCUCCGUGGCGGGAAUGAGGCUGGCAUCCACCUUUUGUUUAUGCCUCCCUUGCUGGAAACUUUCCCAGCAUCUGGGGCCUUCCUGUCAGUUUCAGAUUUUUGACUGAGUUUGUUGGCUGCUUCCCUUUCUCAGGCCUUUCUGAAGAAAGAGACUAGAAGUUAGUGCUGUAGGUAGCAGAGGCUGCAAAACCACCUUUGCAGUUUUGCCAUAGUCUCGCCUUCCCUGCACCUCUGUGUUAACGGGACAGUGGCCCCUCUCUUGUGUAGACUCAAAUACACCCAGUCAUUCCUCUCAGAAGGGCCUUGAGCUCUGUCAUCCUUGUCACAUCUGUACAGUCACAGGACUGUACAUUUAAGUCCCAUGGAACCUCAAGCCCGCCGUCCGCAAACUGCUCAUAGGUGCUUUCUGGUGAUCACCAGUACUCAGGCUAGACACUGGAAUCCAGCAGGGGGUCAGUGGUGUUGGAGAAGGUGGAAGUCCCAGGGUGUCACCAUGAGCCGCUGGUGAGACAGGACAAGCACCCGCUGCUCAGAAAAGGUAGGUGUGAAGAAGGCAGGGCCGCCCCGGAAGGAGAGCAGGAGGUGUUUGCAUGUACACUUCCAAGAAGGGGAGCUGUCGAACGGCUGCUGGCCCUGGGCUCUUCUCCCAGAGUCAAGCUUCCAAAAGUCUGAACAGCAGUGGAAGGCCAAGAAUUCUUUGGAGGCCCCCCCCCCCAAUGGGAGGAACCCUGGGGGCAGGUAAGCAGGGAUGCAUCAUGAUCAAAGGAGCAUGAGGCCGGACCUGCCCAGGGUUCCUGCAGACUGGGGGGCCCCAGGCGGAGGGUUGGUUUUGUGAGCGGAGGUCAAAGGAGUGAGCCAGAGCCCUGCAGUUUCGCCUCCUUUGCAACCCGCCCACCCACCUUUGUGGGCCAUCUCAGGCAUCUGCUUGCCCUUGCUGGGCACACCAGGCAAGAGCCAGCUCCUGCAGGGUCCCCAGCACCUGGCACAAGCCACCACAGUGCUCUGGGCUGUAUCUCUGCGCCAGGAUGGCUUCUUCUGAAUUGCAAGGUGUCCCCCCAAAGCAAGUAGAUCAGCUAGGAGUACCCACAACCUAGCACUGGAUUUGAGGGUGCUGAGGACUCAGGAUUUUUAAUGAGUGACCAACUGGUUGCAUAAA